AUGAAUAUCUCCUUCUUACUCCUGCUGAUCGUACUUUUGGGUUUGGGUGUGUUGACAGAGUGGAAUAUGCACGUUUUGAUUUUACUGGCUGUGACCAUGGUGUUAUGGGUCUCUAUGGUCUGGUUCGUCAUCCAAGUCAUCGAGGUCCCUGCUAGACCAGAUAACAUGCCCAUCUAUCAAGAUACAGACUCGGUGCCUGUGACAGAAAACAAGAAAGACAGAUGA